CACGCUUUCUCAUUCUUGAAACUGAUCUUGGAGUUGAAGGCUGAGGGAAAAUGACCCAUUACCAUGGCGACUAUGGAAAGAACGACGAGGUGGAAUUUGUCCGAACUGGCUAUGGGAAGGAUAUGGUCCGAGUUCUCCAUAUUCAGAGGGAUGGCAAGUACCACAGUGUCAAGGAGGUGUCGGCGUCGGUGCAGCUGACUCUGAGGUCCAAAAAGGAUUACCUAUACGGCGAUAAUUCUGACAUCAUCCCUACCGACACCAUCAAGAACACAGUGCACGUCCUGGCGAAGCUCAAAGGGAUAAAGAACAUAGAGACCUUUGCUAUGGCCAUCUGUGAACACUUCCUCUCCUCUUUUGACCACGUCACCCGAGCCCAUGUCUAUGUGGAAGAGGUCCCCUGGAAGCGUUUGGAAAAGAAUGGAGUCAAGCAUGUCCAUGCCUUCAUUCACACCCCCACGGGAACACACUUUUGUGAGGUGGAGCAGAUGAGGAGUGCACCUCCAGUCAUCCACUCUGGAAUCAAAGACCUCAAGGUGUUGAAAACAACCCAGUCUGGGUUUGAAGGGUUCAUCAAGGACCAGUUCACCACUCUCCCCGAGGUGAAAGACCGGUGCUUCGCCACUCAGGUGUACUGCAAGUGGCGCUACCAGAGGCGCGACGUGGACUUUGAGGCUACAUGGAGCACUGUCCGGGACAUCGUCCUGAAGAAAUUCGCCGGGCCCUACGACAGAGGCGAAUACUCACCUUCGGUGCAGAAGACGCUCUAUGACAUACAAGUCCUGUCCCUGAGCCAGGUUCCUGAGAUAGAAGACAUGGAAGUCAGCCUCCCCAACAUUCACUACGUCAACAUCGACAUGUCCAAAAUGGGGCUGAUCAACAAGGAAGAGGUCUUGCUGCCUCUCGACAAUCCCUACGGCAAAAUUACUGGGACCGUCAAGAGGAAGCUGCCUUCAAGGCUGUGACAUUAUGGCUCCUGUCAAUUGUGAUGCCGGGGGCACUGAGUGUUUCCCUGCAGAAAAAUUUCAACUUAGGAUAUUGAUUGCUUUCUUCUGUAUGAAGCAAUUUCUUUCUUGGUUUCCAAACAAGGCAUUUUGUGGAUUCCCAUAGUAGCAGGCACACCAUUCUCCGUGGCUGUGGGCAGUUUCCUUAAAAAUCCCUCUGCAGUGUUAGAAGAAUCACAGAGAUACUUAUCCUUGAUGCCUUGGUGUCCUUCUGCCUAACAAUCAGUCGUUAGAAUCAAAUAAUCAAUAAAAUAAUCAUGAAGUAGUGGUGGGUGCCAUAUUGAUUAAUCUGAACCCAAAUUUAAGAAGCAAACAGGGUUGUCAUCCUACUGAUAGGCCUGGGUGGUGCAGAAAAUACAAUAAAAUCAUGUGAAAAGAA